UAAGUGUGAUAGGAUAGAAGAAAAGUUGAUUAAGAGCAUCCUCUGUUUCUCCUUGUUAUGUUGUAAAACUUGGAACUUGGAAGCAAACGCAUUGUUAUAAAAAGAAAACUUUAUUCAUAUUUCUACAUUACAUUAUAUAGCAACAUGAAAGACAAUACAAGCUGGUCUUGUUGUUCUUGGUCUUCGUGGAAACUAUGUUUGUUGUCUGUUCUCAUUCUCACUGACACGAUUGCCGCCGUGAAGCUGCCACCAAACCUGAUUAUUCCGGCCGUAAUAGCUUUCGGAGACUCCAUCGUCGACACCGGAAUGAACAACUAUGUCAAAACCAUAGUGAAGUGCGACUUUCAACCUUACGGUAUCAAUUUCCAAGGUGGAGUUGCAACAGGGAGGUUCUGUGACGGACGAGUCCCCGUCGAUUUGAUAGCCGAAGAACUGGGGAUAAAAUCAACUGUACCAGCAUACUUCGAUUCGAAGCUAAACUCCAAAGAUCUUUUAACCGGUGUAUCAUUUGCGUCAGGAGGUUCUGGUUAUGAUCCUAUAACACCUAAACUCGUGACAGUAAUAUCAUUAGAAGAGCAAUUAACUUAUUUCGAGGAGUACAUAGAGAAAGUGAAGAAUAUAGUUGGGGAAGAAAGAAAAGACUUCAUAAUAGCCAACAGCUUAUUCUUGGUGGUCGCAGGCAGCGACGACAUAGCCAAUACAUACUACACUCUUCGUGCAAGACCUCACUACGACGUCGAUUCCUAUACUACUCUUAUGUCUGACUCUGCCUCAGAUUUCGUGACAAAACUAUAUGGAUAUGGAGUGAGAAGACUGGCUGUAUUUAGUGCACCACCAAUUGGGUGUGUACCAUCACAGAGAACCUUAGGAGGAGGUAUUUUGAGAGAUUGUGCUGACACUUACAACCAAGCAGCAAAGCUUUUCAACUCAAAGCUUUCCCCAAAACUGGAUAUGUUGCAUAAAACUCUACCGGGUAUCAAACCGAUGUACGUUAAUAUCUAUGAUCCUCUUUUGGACAUCAUCCAGAAUCCUGCAAAAUACGGGUUUAAAGUGGCUAAUAAAGGAUGCUGUGGAACAGGAGUCAUAGAAGUUUCUGUGUUGUGCAAUAAAAUCACAUCUUCUGUAUGUCCCGACGUGUCUAAUCAUGUGUUUUGGGACAGUUAUCAUCCUACAGAGCAUACUUACAAAGUGUUAGUCUCAUUGUUGAUUAACAAAUUUAUUGAUCAGCUCGUCUGAAUUUAAAACUAUUUUCAUGGCGUAAUUAAUGAUUGAUUGUAUUUUAUCAUAUCUUGUUUGUAUCAUUUGAAAAUUGUAUUCGAUCUAAAUAUAAUAAAUAUCCAUUGCUGUUUUACUUCACAA